UUGCAGAUGACCAUGGAUGAAAAAUAUGUAAACAGCAUUUGGGACCUUCUGAAAAAUGCAAUUCAAGAAAUCCAGCGUAAGAAUAACAGUGGUCUUAGUUUUGAGGAGCUCUAUAGAAAUGCAUAUACAAUGGUUUUGCAUAAACAUGGAGAAAAACUCUACACUGGACUAAGAGAAGUUGUUACCGAACAUCUCAUAAAUAAGGUGCGAGAAGAUGUACUAAAUUCAUUGAAUAACAACUUUCUUCAAACACUAAAUCAAGCUUGGAAUGAUCAUCAAACAGCUAUGGUGAUGAUUAGAGACAUACUCAUGUAUAUGGACCGUGUAUAUGUACAACAAAAUAACGUGGAGAAUGUCUACAAUUUGGGAUUAAUUAUUUUUCGAGAUCAAGUUGUACGUUACGGUUGUAUAAGGGAUCAUCUAAGACAAACGCUAUUGGAUAUGAUUGCAAGAGAAAGGAAAGGAGAAGUUGUAGACCGAGGUGCAAUAAGAAAUGCUUGCCAGAUGUUAAUGAUAUUAGGUCUUGAAGGACGAUCUGUUUAUGAAGAAGAUUUUGAGGCUCCUUUUUUGGAAAUGUCUGCAGAAUUCUUUCAGAUGGAAAGCCAGAAAUUUUUAGCAGAAAACAGUGCUUCAGUAUAUAUAAAGAAAGUUGAAGCUAGAAUUAAUGAAGAAAUAGAACGGGUGAUGCACUGCCUAGACAAAUCAACUGAAGAGCCGAUUGUAAAGGUGGUUGAGCGGGAACUCAUUUCCAAGCACAUGAAAACUAUCGUAGAAAUGGAAAAUUCUGGGCUAGUACAUAUGUUGAAAAAUGGAAAGACAGAAGAUCUUGCCUGCAUGUACAAGCUAUUUAGUCGUGUGCCAAAUGGUUUGAAAACAAUGUGUGAGUGUAUGAGUUCUUAUUUGAGAGAACAGGGGAAAGCCCUUGUUUCUGAGGAGGGAGAAGGGAAGAAUCCUGUUGACUAUAUCCAGGGCUUAUUGGAUCUGAAGAGUAGGUUUGAUCGCUUCCUCCAGGAAUCGUUCAAUAAUGACCGACUCUUUAAACAAACUAUUGCGGGUGACUUUGAGUAUUUUCUCAACCUCAACUCCAGGUCCCCUGAAUACCUCUCAUUAUUUAUUGAUGAUAAACUGAAAAAGGGAGUCAAAGGGCUAACAGAACAAGAAGUAGAAACAAUAUUGGAUAAGGCAAUGGUCCUUUUUAGGUUUAUGCAAGAAAAAGACGUAUUUGAACGUUAUUAUAAACAACACUUGGCAAGGAGACUUCUCACAAAUAAAAGUGUUUCUGAUGACUCUGAAAAAAAUAUGAUAUCUAAGUUAAAGACUGAAUGUGGGUGUCAGUUCACAUCAAAACUGGAAGGAAUGUUUAGGGAUAUGAGCAUCUCAAACACAACUAUGGAUGAAUUCAGGCAACAUCUACAAGCAACUGGAGUCUCUUUAGGUGGUGUUGAUCUUACAGUUCGGGUGCUCACGACAGGAUAUUGGCCCACUCAGUCAGCCACACCAAAGUGCAACAUCCCACCAGCACCAAGACAUGCUUUUGAGAUAUUUAGAAGGUUUUACUUAGCCAAACACAGUGGUCGCCAGCUCACACUCCAGCAUCAUAUGGGUUCUGCAGAUCUCAAUGCUACCUUUUAUGGACCAGUUAAAAAGGAAGAUGGAUCUGAAGUUGGUGUUGGAGGAGCACAAGUAACUGGCUCUAAUACACGGAAGCACAUAUUACAAGUGUCCACUUUCCAGAUGACCAUAUUAAUGCUCUUCAAUAAUAGAGAAAAAUACACAUUUGAGGAAAUUCAGCAAGAGACAGAUAUCCCUGAAAGAGAACUUGUUCGAGCCCUGCAGUCCCUCGCCUGUGGUAAACCAACACAGCGGGUUCUCACCAAAGAACCCAAGUCAAAGGAAAUAGAAAAUGGUCACAUAUUUACAGUUAAUGAUCAGUUCACAUCAAAACUACACAGAGUCAAGAUUCAAACAGUUGCUGCCAAACAAGGUGAAUCUGACCCAGAAAGAAAAGAAACAAGACAGAAAGUAGACGACGACAGAAAACAUGAGAUAGAAGCUGCUAUAGUGCGGAUAAUGAAAUCUAGGAAGAAGAUGCAGCACAAUGUGCUGGUGGCAGAGGUUACUCAGCAGUUGAAGGCUCGAUUCUUACCAAGUCCAGUUGUUAUUAAGAAACGUAUUGAAGGACUUAUUGAGAGAGAAUAUUUGGCACGAACACCUGAGGAUCGCAAAGUAUACACAUAUGUAGCAUAAAAUGCGUUCAGAAAUUUGAUUUAUUCUUGGACUGUACUCUUCGCAUGGACUGGGAAGUUCUUUUAAAUCAUUAAAUAUUAAGACGACCAUCUCUUCUAUUAAAUUACAGUACAUGUUCUAGACCAUUCAGAUCAAGCCUUUACUCCCUUUGAGAGUUUUCAACAUCAUUGAUUGAGCUUCAGGCUUUACGACGUUUAUCCCUGUAGAGACCAUCUUUCCAGUUCCUCGGGAAAAUGUGAAUGUGCCGCGUUUUGUUUUCAGUACUGUAUGAAAACAGGAAAAAAAUAAAACAAAAAUUUAGAAAAAUACAGCUCAUUAAAAUAAAAUUGUUGGAUUUCAUUUCCCCAGGUCUUCAGUGUUGAUGUAAAUGUUUUUGUAGUGUUGCUUAGCACUUUGCGCAUUGUGUAAGUUGGGUAACAAAAUGGUAAAAGAAAUGACACAAUUCCCAGUUAUCUUGCUCUGCUUAAGACAUUUCUUUAGCUAAUCUUGUUUAAUUUAAAGGUUUGAUAAAUAUACAAAGACCCAAGCAUACAUUUUAAGCAUGCUUUUUUCUACCACUUGCACUUACUAAUCUUCUAGUCUUAUGACCAAGAACUUUUGUUUUGGGCUCAGCUACACACCAAUUGGUUUUACCCUGUUGUAAUUGAGAUCUCCCAAAUUAGUCUUAUGAUUGGGCUUUGUUCUGCGUUACGCUAGAGAAAGAAAAUAUUUUAGUAUGUAUAAAUUGUACAAUAAUUUUUUGCUGUUGUACUCACUGCUAUAGUGAAUUGUAUAGGGCGGUGUUUUUAUUUCAUUUAUUGUAGACAAAUAUAAAUGAACGUAGUUAAUACACAUACCCACUAAUUCAAGUAUGUCAGAGCACAAAGUUGGCAGCUGGUUGUAUUUAAUUCAGCCCCUUUGAAAAGCACAUGUGGUCUAUACUUUGUUUAUAAAUAUCUUUGGUUCCCCCUCAAAAAUUUUGGUGAAGUUGGGGUACAAUCUUCUCUAUUGCCAAUGCAUUCUAAAGAUGCAAUAAAUAUGAUGACCUUGAUAUUUUUUAACAAAAUCUUAAGUUUUUUGCAGCGGUGUUUGGAAAGUGAUGAAGCAAUAUUUUUCCAAUCUGAUGAUUCUUGGAUAUUUAGCUCUUGUCCUCCAAAGAGUCAUCCUUUCGUGUUUUCAAAGAUGUGCUUCAUGCGAAGACUCCAGUCGGUUAUCCUGUGCUUCCAACUUCAACCAGUGUUUUUUUUACCUGAUCGAUCUGCCAAGGAUUAGUUUGCUUUUUAACUUCAGAGUAUUUUUAUCUUCAAUUAUACUUCAUUUUGUUUUUUCGUAAGAACGAUGUUUCAGAUGUGUAAUGGGGCAAACCACUACAGAUUUCUGUUGGAUAGAAAAAAGGAAUGUUACUAAUAAGUUCAAAUAAUUGACCCUUUGACUACCAAAACUUGGUACAUUUAUUAGAAUGUGUGUCUCAGAAGAUGAGACCUGUUUAAACUUAAUGGUCAAGUUACAACAAUUCUAAUAUGGAUUAAAAACUCCACAUAAAUAUGUUUCCCCAUGCGUCUUGGGUUAUAAUUUUCCUUUUAGACUUGAAAAUAUCUCAUGUAUAAUUUUGUCUCCAUUUGUGCUUUAGAAUUAUAAGCCUUAUGCUAUUAAUCCCUACAUCUUCCACUUUUACAUGAUGCAGUUAAGAUGCAGAUGAAAACGAUCAUGAACAUUGUUCUCAGGAGACUUGUACCAGAGGGCGAGAGAUAGUGGAUCAGGUGUAACAUGAAAAGCUGAAGAAUUUCCCUUUUAGAUUUCUAACAUUAUUGGAAUUCUUACAAUGGCAAGAUGUUUUAUCUUCAGGAAGACACUGGUAUUUCAGGUUCCAGAUUUUGUUUUUUAACUGUUCAAAUCCCAAUUAAAUGAUAUCUGAUACCUUGGGAAAUAGAACACUCUGACUUAAGUUAAUAUAAAAGAUGUAAAAAUUCACUUGAAAUCUAAAUGAGACAUUAAAUAAAAAUUUAAGUGCUAGUAAAACUUUGAAAUCAGUAAAGUUAAAUUUUUAUGUUAUUGUCUCAAUGUGGAUGUACAAAUAAGUCUAGAGUUUAGAAACAUGUUCGUUUUGGAGCAUACUUUUGGUAUGUGUGCUUCUGAGUGUUUAUACAUAUAUUGAAACCUUUCUGAAUUGCAGUUGAGUUGAAUGGUUGAAGAGAAGGAUGCAUUGAGAAAAAAUAGGGUCACCUAACAAGGCUCUGUGAUAUAGCUCAUAAGUAUUUUAGUUCAUAACAUUUUGUUGCUGUAGUUUUUUUUUUCCAAA